AUGACGGUAAAGGGGAAAAUUUAUUUUCUUUUUUUUAACAAAAGGUACUAUAACCCCCCCAGUAAAAGGAAAUGGAGCAAGCAGAACGAUAAAUAUAAAACAAGAAGACCAUUAGCAGAAAAUGUGAACGUGCACAAAAUUAAUAUUAAGGGAGAGUACUGGAAACAGAAACAUGUAAAUAAACAGUUUGUAGUAGAAAAUGGAAAUACAGAUAUGAUAAACGAGAGAACUAGUUUAAAUUUUUUCGGUUAUCCCAAUAUAUCAUUACAUAGCAAAUUAGGUGGUAGUUUAUAUAUAGAACAGAUGGAUCACAUAACAUUAUGUGUAAUUAUGAAUAAAUGUAUAAAAGAAAAUAUAAGUGAGAGCUAUAUUUGGAAGAGUUUAUUAAAUAGGUGCACAAAUAUUGCUCAUAAAAUAAAUGGAAAUAUUUUAAGUUAUAUUUUUAAAUAUUCUUCUCAGUCUGAUUAUUAUAAUCAUUAUUUUUUUCUUACAAUGCUUGGGAAUAUCUCAACGAAUUUAUAUUCUUUUAAUAUAAAAAGUUGUUCAAACAUAUUGUACGCUAUGAAUCAUAAUUCUAAUUUUUUCAAUGAAGAAAUUUAUAAUAAAAUUAUUCAGCAUAGUUCAUUGCUAAUCUUGAAUAGAAAUGAUAUUGAUAUUAAUAAUAUUCUGUCUAUAGUCAAUUCUUUUUUUUGUUAUUAUAGAACUAAUUCCAAUGAUAGUUCUAAUUGUGCGCAUAUUUCUAAAAAUAUAAAUAACACAUAUUUAUUAUUUGAUAGUAUUGCGAAAACGUUUAGUAAGUACGAUUUAGGUCUAAGUGAAAUUGACCUUGUGUGUUCGUCUUUAUUAGUCUUUUGCCUAUUAGAUAGAACAAAUUUAUUCUUUCAAGAAAGAAACAAAGAUGUUAUAAACAAAUUAUCAGGUUAUCUAAAUGAUCAUAUAGAAAAAUUAAAUAUAAAACAUAUUUCUAUUUUAUGUUUCUCUAAUUCGAUUUUUAAAUGUAGUAGACAACAAUUAAGAUGGAAUUAUAUAUUUCGAAAAAUAGAAAAAGAUUGUCAUUUGUUAGAUAGUAACUACCUAGGUAUUUUAUUUUAUUCAUUAAAAGAUAAAUUAGUGAAGAGCAAACAUAUUUAUAAAAUUAUUUAUAAUAACGUUUUAAAUGAUAUAAAUGUAGCUUCCAUGGACAGCAUAGGUUUAGUAACAUACACUUUUUUAAAAUACAGCACUUUAAGAGAACCAUAUAAUAUCAUCACGAAACGGAAUGGUCAUAAUGACAGUUUAGGAAAAGAAAAGGAAAGAAAUAAAAAAAACGAAAAUGUUGGUGGAAGCAAUGAAGAGAACAUAACAGGAAUUAAUAACUGCACACAAGGGGUGGAAAAUGUACAGGUAAAAUUAAGCCACUCUUUUAACCUAUUUAACGACUUUUUAUAUGGUAAGAUAAAAUAUAAUAUAAGUAAUUUUAGCAUAUUUCAAAUAUACUUAAUUUUUAAAGGAUUAUAUGAAACAAAGUUAUGUAAUGAUAAAGUAGAGCAAUUAAAAGCUCAUUUUGUAAAAGAGAUAAACAAAAAGAUUUAUUCUAUACCUAUAUAUUUAUUGUCUUAUUUUAUGAAAAUUAUAACAGUUAAUAGUAUAAAAAAUAAUGAAUUAAUAAAAUCCUUAAAAGAUGUUAGCAUAAUAUAUUUGAUGGUUUAUAAAAAUAUAAACAUAUAUGAUAGUGACUAUAGAAUUAAUGAAAACUCUUCAUUAAUAGAAGAAUAUUAUAACAGCAUAUGUAAUGACGAUAAUAAGAUAAAAAGUGAUAUAACCUUUAUAUAUGAUGAAAAAAAAAAGGAGGUAAAUUAUUUAUCAGAUAAAUAUUUAAUAAACCCCCAAACAUUUAAAUUACAAUUUAAAUAUUUAAAUGAAAAGUUUGGAAUACAAAAAGAACAAAUUGAAAAAAUAUUCCAGCAUUCUAAAAAUUUUUUUUUUAAUUAUUACUUGAAAGAAAAACAGCUAGCCAAUUUUUUUUAUUUUUGCACAUUAAUGGACAAAAAAAAUUCACUAGAUUAUUUUAAUGAAAUGAAAAAAAUAACAGAACAUAGAAUAAUACAGAGAGAAUUGAAAUUUAGUCCUAAUAGUAUUUUAUACAUUUUCAAAACAUUAGAUUAUUUGGGAAUGAUUCAGGGAAAGAAUAAUUUUUUCAAUUUACUUUUAAAACAGUUGUGUGAUGGAAUAUUUUCCAUUAAUAUUUUCACUUGUUGUGAGUUUCUCACAUUAUUUUAUAAAAAUAAAAUUACGCAUUAUUAUUUUUUAAAAAAGGCAAGCUAUAUAGUUAACAUGAAUAGGUACUACUAA